GCGCCAAUGACAGCUCUGCAGUCCUCCUCUGUGGUACUGAUCAGGUGGUUGCAGAGCUUCAGCUCCCAGCAACACAAUGCAGCUGAGCAGGCAAGCACAGCCCACAGCCAGAAGCGGUUCCCACUCUCCAGAACAAGGCGACCUUUAAGCUUAAGUUUCCCGGAGAAAAUGAGAUGCUGCUGCUGAAGACGACACUAUGGCUUUGAUGGAAUAUCAGAUACUGAAAAUGUCUCCCAGCUUGUUCAUCCUUCUGUUUCUCACACCUGGUAUUUUAUGCAGUUGUCCUCUCCAAUGUAUAUGCACAGAGAGGCACAGGCAUGUGGACUGUUCAGGCAGAAACUUGACUACAUUACCAUCUGGACUGCAAGAGAAUAUUAUCCAUUUAAAUCUGUCUUAUAACCAUUUUACUGAUCUUCAUAACCAGUUAACCCAAUAUACCAAUCUGAGGACCCUGGACAUUUCAAACAACAGGCUCGAAAGCCUGCCUGCUCAGUUACCUCGGUCCCUCUGGAACAUGUCUGCAGCUAACAACAACAUUAAACUGCUUGACAAAUCUGAUACUGCUUAUCAGUGGAACCUUAAAUUUCUGGAUGUUUCUAAGAAUAUGCUGGAAAAGGUUGUCCUCAUUAAAAAUACACUAAGAAGUCUUGAGGUUCUCAACCUCAGUAGUAACAAACUUUGGACAGUUCCAACCAAUAUGCCCUCCAAACUACAUAUCGUGGACCUGUCUAACAAUUCCUUGACACAAAUCCUUCCAGGAACAUUAAUAAACCUGACCAAUCUCACACAUCUUUACCUGCACAAUAAUAAGUUCACAUUCAUUCCAGAUCAAGCUUUUGACCAACUCUUUCAGUUGCAAGAGAUAACCCUUUACAAUAACAGGUGGUUGUGUGACCAUAAACAAAACAUUACUUACUUACUGAAGUGGAUGAUGGAAACAAAAGCCCAUGUGAUAGGGACUCCCUGUUCUAGCCAAAUAUCAUCUCUGAAGGAACAUAACAUAUAUCCCACACCUCCUGGAUUUACCUCAAGCUUGUUCACUGUAAGUGGGAUGCAGACAGUGGACACCAUUAACUCUCUGAGUAUGGUUACUCAACCCAAAGUGACCAAAACACCCAAACAAUAUCGAACAAAGGAAACAACGUUUGGUGCCACUCUAAGCAAAGACACCACCUUUGCUAGCACUGACAAGGCUUUUGUGCCCUAUCCAGAAGAGACAUCCAUAGAAACCAUCAGUUCACAUGAAGCAGCAGCUGCAACUCUAACUAUUCAUCUCCAAGAUGGAAUGGUUACAAACACAAGCCUCCCUAGCUCAACAAAAUCAUCCCCAACACCCAUGACCCUAAGCAUUACUAGUGGCAUGCCAAAUAAUUUCUCUGAAAUGCCUCAACAAAGCACAACCCUUAACUUACGGAGGGAAGAGACAACCACAAAUGUAAAGACUCGCUUACCUUCUGUGGCAAGUGCUUGGAAAGUAAAUGCUUCAUUUCUCUUAAUGCUCAAUGCUGUGGUCAUGCUGGCUGUUUGAGGGUCUGCAUUUUUUUUUUUUGAAACUAACGAAAGAACUCUUCCCUGAUGUACAGUUGGGAAAAUAUGCCCCUAUCUAACCAGUGUUUCAAGCUAUAUAAGUAUUCAAGAAAGCCAGUCUUACAUUUCUGACUCUGAUGUAAUGAAGUAACUUGUCUUAAAUAAAAGAAGUGCACAAUGUCUUGGUACUCGCUGCUAUUUUACUGUCUUAAUUAAGUAAAACUAAUGAGUUUCCUUCUUUUUAAUGAAAUGUUUUCUUUUUAAGGCUUCAAUUUAUUGCACAAGAUAUAAAGCAUCUAAACUUUAAUAUGUAUUUUAUGUAUGUUUACACUGUCAAACAUCUGGGGAAAAAAAAUAAAAGGUCUAUGCUCAU